AUGGGCGACGGGAAAAGCCAAAUACUCAACAUUCAACCAUCGCGAGAGCUCGUUUUUCAAGGCCCAUUCACUGAUAUCGUCACCUCGUAUAUCACGCUAACGAAUCCAUCACCGAAGCCAGUGUGCUUCAAAGUCAAAACCACUGUUCCCAAGAAGUAUUGUGUUAGGCCAAAUUCCGGAUUGAUUCAUGCUGGCGACAAAAAAGUGAUAACCGUGAUGCUUCAGCCAAUGGAUGAGCCGCCAUCAGACGCCGUCCGCCAUAAGUUCAUGGUGCAAUCGUGUUUCGCGCCCAGCGACGGCGUUGUCGAUAUCGAUUCGGUGUGGAAGGUGGUCGAGUCGAGCGAUUUGAUGUACAGCAAACUGAUGGUAGUGUUCGUCAACAAAGAGGGCAAAACGGAGGAGACCAAAAACGCCGAUGGCGAUUCGUACGCGACAGUGGCGCAAGUCUCGGAUCUUGGCGCCGGCAACACAUCAAAUAACCAUUCGCAACAGGACCCGGGAACGAUUGCAUCUCUUCGUCGAACCCUCCAAAACACAAUUGAUGAGAAGGAGUCGCUUAACAAGCAAGUGCAGAGUUUCCAGCGCGAGAUCGAUGAGCUGCGCAAACAGAAUCGCACGCUUCAGAAGAUUCAAGCUGGCGGUGGCGGAGGCGGAAUCGUCGAUGGUCAAUUGCCGAGCGUUCAGGUGCUGCUAAUUGCCGUCGCCACACUGCUAAUCGGAUUGAUUCUUGGAAAAUUAAUGUAA